UGCUGGCAAAACGAAAGUGAAAGCAAAUUGUUUUAUAUGCAGUGUUAACACUUGAUUAAAAAAAAAAAAAAACUGAUCAUCAAACUGUUUUUAUAAUUGGCUGAUGUGGGAAUAUACAUGUACAUAAAAAACAAGGAUACUUUGAGAACUUGUCUAGUAGCUGAACAUUUUGAUCAAAGCAAGUCUUUAGCUGUGGAGCACAAAGGCACUUCCUUAUUAAUGUUUAAGUUCUGAAGAAAACGUCCCCCUCCAGAGUCCUAUAAACAUGCAGAAUUGAACGUUUCAGAACUUCUGAUCAAGACAGUUAACUGGAGAAACAUCUGCAUCAUCAUUAUUCAUGACGUGAGUUGGUGAAGGAUGAUGGCGUCUGUUAAAAAACUGCUUGUGGACUCACUGAAGGAGCUGGUAGAAGCUGACCUGAAGGACUUUCAGUGGCACUUAGUGAAUUUAUAUCAUAAGCGUAUAUCAAAGUCUGAAUUGGAAAAGGCAGAUAGACUCGACACAGUAGAUAUGAUGGUAAAAUGUUUUGGACCAGAAGAAGCUGUGAAAGUCAUGGUAGACAUCCUGAGAAAGAUGAACCAAAAUGAUCUGGCUGAACAGUUGGAGAAUGAACACAAGCAAGCUCAGACUGAGGGCAAUAUAAAGACAUCUGUCCCUGCUGGAGAGCUGCAAAAAUUCUUGAAAACUCACAAAAACAACAUGAAGAGAAAGGCAAAAUAUAUUUUUGAGGGCAACAAAGAAAAUGACACAGAUCUCAAGGCUGUUUACACAGAACUGUUCAUCACAGAGGGACAUAUGAAAGAUGUCAAUAAGGAACAUGAGAUUCUGAAGAUUGAUGAUGCUUUCAAGAACAAAAAAACACACGACAAACCAAUCAAAUGCAAUGAUAUAUUUACUGAACUGAGGAAAAACAAUGAGGAGAAGAUUGUGCUGACCAAGGGAGUCGCUGGCAUUGGAAAAACUGUCUCUGUGCACAAGUUCAUCCUGGACUGGGCAGAAGGAAACACCAAUCAGGAUAUAGACUGUGUGUUCUUGCUUCCAUUCAGAGAAAUCAACAUGAUUAAAGACAGAGAAGUCAAUCUCCAUGAGUUUCUGUUCAAAUUUUAUCCUGUAUUGAAGAAUCUGGAGAAAUCAAAGUUAUAUGAGGAAUGUAAGCUAGCAUUUAUAUUUGAUGGACUUGAUGAGAGUUCAAUGGACUUGAUGCCAUUGAAAUUUAGCAGCGAAACACUGAUCACUCUUGAGGAAAGAGCAUCUGUAGAUGUGCUGUUUACAAAUCUGGUCAAAGGUGAUCUGCUUCCAUCAGCUCUUGUCUGGGUGACCUCACGCCCAGCAGCAGCCAAUCAGAUCCCUUCACGCUGUGUGGGUUUGUUCACAGAGGUGCGAGGAUUCACUGACCAACAGAAGGAUGAGUACUUCAGAAAGAGAAUCACAGAUAAAAGUCUGGCCUCCAGAAUCAUUUCACACAUUAAGACGGCUCGUAGUCUCUAUAUCAUGUGCCACAUUCCUGUGUUCUGCUGGAUCACAGCCACAGUACUUCAGGAUAUUCUCAUUGAGAACAAUGCAGAGAACAUCAGCACAACACUCACUGAAAUGUACAUCCACUUCCUGCGGAUACAGAUGAACAUGAAGAGUCAGAAAUAUGGUGAACAACAAGAAAGAGAAUCUUCAGAGCACUUACAAUUAAAUAGAAAAAUGAUUCUGAAAUUAGCCAAGCUAGCAUUUGAACAGCUGAAGAAGGAAAACAUUGUGUUCUAUGAGGAAGAUCUGAGAGAUUGUGGUAUAAAUGUGUGUAAAGAUGCUGAGUUCACAGGAAUGAUAGCUGAGAUCUUUAAGAAGGAAGUUGGACUUUAUAAGAAAAAGGUCUUCUGCUUUGUGCAUCUGAGUGUUCAAGAGUUUCUUGCUGCAGUGCAUGUGUUCGUCUGUUACCUGAACAAGAACAAGCGAGAGCUUCAGUUUUUCUUUGAAGAUUCACAAACGACAGUCACACAAAAGCUUAAAUUCUUUUUUAGAAAAAUCAAAUUUCAUGACUUAACAAAGAGAGCAACUGAUAAAGCAAUGCAGAGUGAGAGAGGACAUCUGGACCUGUUCCUGCGGUUUCUGAUGGGAAUUUCACUGGAAUCCAGUCAAAAUCUGCUCAAAGGCCUGAUCACGCACACUAAAGACACUAGUGUGAGCAUCAGAAAAAUAAGUCCACACAUUAAACAAUUACAAAAACAGGACAUCUCAGAUGAAACUUCAGUCAACCUAUUCUACUGCUUACUUGAGCUCAAAGAUCAUUCAUUAUAUGAGGAAAUCCAGAGUUACCUCAGUUCAGAUGAACAUCCAGGAAGAGACCUCUCAUCUUCAAUGUGCACAGUGCUGACCUACAUACUGCUGAUGUCAGAGAAGGUGCUGGAUGAGUUCAACCCAAAGAGGUUCACGUCGUCAUCUUCAAACUACACAAGACUCAUUCCAGCUGUAAGAUGCUGCAGAAAAGCACUAUUUGACAGCUGUGGUUUUGAUGAAACAUGCUGUGAAACUGUGUCUUUUGCUCUACAAUCAUCAAACUCCCAUCUGACAGAGCUGGACCUGAGAAGAAAUCACCUGCAGGGUUCAGGAGUGAAGCUGAUUUAUGAAGGACUGAAGAGUCCACACUGUCGACUGAACAUACUGAGGCUGUGUGGGUGUAAUCUUACUGCUCAGUCCUGUGGAAGUUUAUCUUCAGCUUUACAGUCCUCAAACUCUGUCCUGAGAGAGCUGGACCUGAGUAACAAUGACCUGCGGGAUCAUGGAGUGAAACUUCUUUCUGAUGGACUGAAGAGUCCAAACUCUAAGCUGGAGUUAUUGAGAUUAUCCAUAUGUAAUCUCACUGCACAGUCUUGUGGGAGUUUGUCAUCAGUUUUACAAUCCUCAAACUCUGUCCUGAGUGAACUGGACCUGAGUAACAAUGACCUGCAGGAUUCUGGAGUGAAGCUUCUUUCUGAUGGACUGAAGAGUCCAAACUCUAAGCUGGAGAUAUUGAGAUUUUCCACAUGUAAUCUCACUGCACAGUCUUGUGGGAGUUUGUCAUCAGUUUUACAAUCCUCAAACUCUGUCCUGAGUGAACUGGACCUGAGUAACAAUGACCUGCAUGAUUCAGGAGUGAAGCUUCUCUCUGAUGGAAUGAAGAGUCCAAACUCUAAACUGGAGAUAUUGAGAUUUUCCACAUGUAAUCUCACUGCACAGUCUUGUGGGAGUUUGUCAUCAGUUUUACAAUCCUCAAACUCUGUCCUGAGAGAGCUGGACCUGAGUAACAAUGACCUGCAGGAUUCUGGAGUGAAACUUCUUUCUGAUGGACUGAAGAGUCCAAACUCUAAGCUGGAGAUAUUGAGAUUUUCCACAUGUAAUCUCACUGCACAGUCUUGUGGGAGUUGGUCAUCAGUUUUACAAUCCUCAAAAUCUGUCCUGAGUGAACUGGACCUGAGUAACAAUGACCUGCAGGAUUCUGGAGUGAAGCUUCUUUCUGAUGGACUGAAGAGUCCAAACUCUAAGCUGGAGAGACUGAGGUUGUCUGGCUGUAUGGUGACAGAGAAAGGCUGUCAUUAUGUGUCUUUAGCACUGAGUUCAAACUCCUCACACCUGAGAGAGCUGGAUCUGAGCUACAAUCACCCAGGAAAUUCAGGAGUCAAGCUGCUCUCUGAAAAACUGGAGGAUCCAAACGGCUCCCUGAACAAACUCAAUGUGGAUCAUAGAGGAGAAUCCAGGAUUACAGCAGGACUGAAGAAAUAUGCCUCUUUUCUCACACUGGAUCCAAACACAGCAAACACUGAACUCAUCCUGUCUGAGGAGAACAGAGAGGUGACAGGUGUGAGCGAGAAACAGUUGUAUCCUGAUCAUCCAGACAGAUUUGAUGUGUAUCCUCAGGUGUUGUGUAGAGAGAGUGUGUGUGGACGCUGUUACUGGGAGAUUGAGUGGAGUGGACGUGUGUAUAUAUCAGUGUCAUAUAAGAGCAUCAGCAGGCAGGGUUUUGAGUGUGUGUUUGGAUAUAAUGAUCAGUCCUGGAGUUUGAUCUGCUCUCCCUCCAGUUACUCAUUCAGACACAAUUACAUACAGACUGAUCUCCCUGUGCAGCCCAUCAGCAGAAGAACAGGAGUGUAUGGUAAUAUCAGUAGAGUAGGAGUGUAUGUGGAUCACGGCGCAGGAACUCUGUCCUUCUACAGCGUCUCUGACACACUGAGCCUCAUCCACACAGUCCAGACCACAUUCACUCAGCCGCUCUAUCCUGGGUUUAAUGUUGACUAUAAAUCAUCAGUGAAGCUCUGUUGAUGAAUCAGAUUAGACUGUGAAGAGAUUCUACCCAUAAUGCUUUGAGCUGCAUGAUGAAUCAGUAACAGUGAGAUGUUAUGAGUCUCUUCAUGACAUUAAUACUGAAGCUCAACUUCUGUCACUGAAAUAACGGUCAGAAUAAAUCUGUGUAUUAAAUCCUAAUAUAGACAUAUAGACACUACAUUUGUGGGGUUUUUUGUCAUGUCUCAUCAGUCAUUUGUUUUAUUACUGUCCAAAUGUAAAAAUGUCACAAACACGACUGAUGAAGAAUAAGUAAUUUCUCUCUGUUGUUUUUGUACAGAAAUAAUAAAACACAAUGGCA